CCCAUUGACCAGUCCGUGGUCUGAGUCGUGUAUUCGGGCCAAUAGUAAUCGUGCGGUGCCUUUGAGAACACGGUACGGUCUCUCUCGUCAGUCUGGUUGUGGUGCGUUUUCACACGUCACGUCGGGACAGAGAAGGGCAUACGAGGAAGGGAACAUAAUCGAAAGAGCAGGAAUCGUAGCGUCGUUGUUCCAACGAUUUGAAAAGAUCAAAAGAAAGUCGUGAUCUGUCCGGCGAAGACCGCGAAAGGUCCGGAGACAGGGAUUCCCUAAACGCUCUUUACACUCGCCUAACCGCGUCUCUGUUUCCGUACGACCGUGUUCGACAACCGCGGAGAAGCUGCAACUCUUUUUCGGUACCAGGAUUCCGCAGCAGGAGUCGCGCAAGACGAGCAACAGCAACCAAGAGGCCAGUAAAGGAGAGGACGCGUUUGGGCGAAGAAACGCGUCAGAGGUAGAUCCACCGCAACGGUGGACGGGAUUCUCGACGAAGACGACGUCCUAGUUGGUCGUCUGACCGGGUAGGCUUUCAUCGUGGGCGAACAACAGCCUGCAAAAAGUUCGCCAUGCCGGCAGGUAUUGGCGCUUCGUACAGGUCGUUAGGCGACCUGGGCGAAAAUGUGUACAAAAGCACGACGAUCGUCGACCAAACGCAGACCACCGGACAGAGCGUCCUCGAGAGCGUCAAGAAGGCUUUCAGUUUCGCGUCGCCCAAGGUCGAGCUCAGGAAAAAGGACCCGCUGAUCGAGGACCGCCGUGAGAGCGUCUCGAUCGUCUCAAGGGAAAGAAACAGGAUGCCGACCGCCGCCACAGCCGAGGAAUCAGCACUUCUGGGCACGAUGCCUUCAGAUAGCAUGGAUGACAUCGAAUUGAAAAAUAUUCAGCUUCAAUUCCCGGCGCUAAGAUACUUGUCCAAAGACGACAGUUCUGUUCGAGAGGAAAGGGUGGAAACUGACAGAGGAAGUUUACUGGUGGCUGUGCAAGGAAAUCGAGCGAAACCUGCCAUUCUCACUUAUCACGACUUAGGCCUUAACUAUAUAUCGAGCUUCCAAGCAUUCUUCAAUUACAUCGACAUGAGAGUUUUACUCGAAAACUUCUGCGUCUAUCACGUGAACGCACCAGGUCAAGAAGAAGGUGCUCCAACAUUACCUGAGGACUAUAUUUAUCCGUCCAUGGACGAGCUGGCUGAACAGCUGCUCUUCGUUUUGGGUCAUUUUGGCCUGAAAUCCGUAAUUGGUUUCGGUGUCGGUGCUGGAGGCAAUAUACUGGCAAGAUUUGCACUUGCCCAUCCUGAGAAGGUCAAUGCCCUGUGCUUGAUAAACUGCGUAUCGACACAAGCAGGUUGGAUCGAGUGGGGUUAUCAGAAGCUGAACGUUCGCCACCUGAGAUCUCAAGGCAUGACUCAAGGUGUUCUCGACUACCUUAUGUGGCAUCAUUUUGGCAGGGGCACGGAGGAGAGGAAUCACGAUCUCGUGCAGGUUUACAAGAAUUAUUUCGAGCGUCGUGUGAAUCCAACGAACCUGGCGUUAUUCAUCGACAGUUAUGUUCGUCGUACAGAUCUGAACAUCACGAGGGAAUUAGAUCCGACACGUAAGAAGGAAGGUCUUACGCUCGGUGUACCUGUCAUGAAUAUCACAGGUGCUUUGAGCCCGCACGUCGACGACACUGUGACGUUAAAUGGACGAUUAGACCCAACGAACAGCUCUUGGAUGAAGAUUUCUGAUUGCGGAAUGGUACUGGAGGAACAGCCGGGCAAAGUAAGCGAGGCCUUCCGACUAUUUCUGCAGGGCGAAGGAUAUGUGGUGAGAUCCCCGCGGAAGCCCGUGACGCCGACAACACCCGAAGUGGCACCACUAUCACCACUGAAAAUGGCUGACUACAGACAGGCUUCCCUCGAGGGAUUAAAUCACGUUUGCAGUAAGAAAAUCGACUGGCCCACCGCGACCAUACACAUCACCGAGAAUCCCAUAUCGGAGGCGGUCGUUUGUUAAAUUUCUUGUCGACAAAUCCUCACCAUUCCCAUUGAUUGUUCACGAACGACAGACCACGCGAGCACUGAAAAUCCACGCGAAUCGAACGUUGAGUUUUUAAUCCAUGGUUUCGUCGGGGCAACGAUCAACGACGUGGCUCUAAACGUUUUUUAAUCUUCGUUCAUCGACUUUUAAUUUUAAUCGUAAUUUUAAUUCCGUCGAUUCCUUUUUCUCUCUAUUUAUGAAUUUACGUGUUAAGAUCUGUGCAAGUUCGAACCAAUUGUUUCGAAGGUACAACUUAAUUUCCAGCGGUUAUUUUAGUUACGAUCUGCUUGUUUCGUGUUAGGAAUAGUUAAGCUAGCUCCGUAGUUUUUAUUUUAUGUUUAAGAAGCGUUUUUAUCGAUCGGAUGAUACUAUACAUGUCGAAGCCGUUCGCAAGAAACUUCCAAACGUUCAGCAACAAUUCGGAAGACAUUCACUUUUAAAACCGACGACAAUUCUCGCGAUUUCACUCGACGAUUUUUACUCUUGUUAUCUACGAUAUCUCUUUGUUCAGCGGAACAGCGUAUCUUUUUAAAAAUUCAACGAACCCAUCGCCGUCAUCGACGGCCGUUUUAACAGCUGAAACACACGGGAUUACACAAACGUGCAAUUAUCCUGGACUCGUGAAAAAUCCGACAACAUUUUCAUUCGCAUCGGUUAGCGCGGAUAACGAUUCUCGUACAACGUCGCAAACAACGAAACCACGGUUUUGCGUGGGAUGCAAAAGUAACAUGAAAUCAUGGUUGUUACACAACGUACGUAGAAUUCGAACGAGAAAUGGUAUUCAACGUGUUCACCUCUUAAUGCGCACGGUAUACAUUUAUCAACGACGAUCAUAACAUUGACCGAACGGUUCGAUCGAUUCUAAAAGAACGUUUGUGAAAAAAAAGUAAAAAAAAAGAAGAAGAAGAAGUUAAGUUGCAAUAGAACACGAAUUCGUGUGUGUGUGCAGCACUGCAUCGUAGAGAAGCGCGCACUACUGCUUUCCGUGUUCAGAAGAAACGAGAAAACGAUGGUAGGUUGCCAUAAUCGGGUUGUCAAGUUGGUGGAAAGACUUACGCACAUCCGAGAUACUUAUUUGCAAGCUCAGACACAAAACAGCGUGACGUCUUUUUAUAAAUUUGGACCACAGACUUAUAUAGAUGGGCUACGAUGUUAAUGAAAACUGAAGGCGACAAUGAAGGAUAGAGACAUAUAAGUGUCAUGAUGGAUAAAUUAUGAAAUAUAAUGCAGUGAUUUUAUCAUUCAAAUACACUCAUUCUUAUUCAAACCUCAAACUUGACUAAUAACUUUAUCGUUUAAAUUUAUUUAUUUUUGAGCAAAUAUCAAAUCUAGUGUAAUCUUUACCUUAAACCGAACCUAACUUCAAUUCAAUGUUAUAUUAAUAAAAAUGAACUAUACUAGCACAAGUCGAGCAAUCCUAAUCUAACCAUAAUAAUCUUAUAACCAACCUUAUUUAUUCCUAACCUAGCUUAAAUUAAUGCAAUCCUAACCUAACCCUAUUUAACCCAUCGUUCAGAUCUAUAUAUUUACAUUUAAACUUCAAACUAAACACAUAAUUUUGCCGUGCAUUUGAACUUGUAAUCUACCUUUAAACAGGAAUAAUUGAAUUUAAGUGAUAAAGUGUACCAGAUUGGGUUAGUAGUUUGAAUGAGAUAAAACGAGAAUUGAGUGAGAAAUGUUACUACACCAUUCAUUCUAAUUCGUUUAAUAAUUGUACCGAACAAACUUGUCAAUACCGAUAUUUAUCGAGUCGCGCAUUAAAAAGAGAGCCAACAACCAUGACUAUAAUCUCUCUCGUUCGUGCGAACUUCAAAGCGUAGUAUAUCUACAUAAGUCUAUGAUCUGAACCCGUCCAAGGCGCGCCUACUAAAGUUUUCGAACGAAGAUCGAAUCGCUUGCGUUCAUCUCGAAUUUGUUACCGAUUUCGCGUCGCGAUGGAUCGAUGCUCGGUCGGUAAGGUAGCUCACACGAUAAUGGAGCAACAUCGAACAAGAAUCGAUAAUAGAAAUAAAGGAAAGAAGCGACGAGACUAACGAGAAAAAAAGGUAGGUAUCGGUAUUAGAGUAACCUUCGAUGACUUCGCUUGUUCGUUAUCAUCCACGGAACUUUUGAAGUGGUGAAAUGCAAAAAAGCCUAAAAAAAAAGCAAUUCGGCUGCGACGAGCGGCCGUUCGUGUUCUCUCGUAGGCCUGCACGUGUGAUAUGUGCUUCGUGUUAAAGCGGGAAACUCGUACGAGGACGUCGCGCAUUAUUAAAGUCCUCGGUGAUCGAGUUCGAGUCCCGCGAAACGUUUCCUCGACGGCAAACAGGGAGGAACGUUGGUUCAUUUGUUUGCGCUCGCGCACCGUUCGCACCCUUUCCUUAGUUCGAGGCGUUUAGACGAUACAUACAUAAAUUAGAAGAGUAUGCGUGCGUGCGUGCACGGGAUACGGAGAAAAAGAAGAAACGAAUGUGUUAAGAGUAUGUCUGCGAGAGUUACGUAGAGGAAGGAGGGUCGUAGAUAGUCGUUAAAAGAAAUAAAGAAUGCAACAGAGAAAAUAAAAAACAAAGGAGUAUCUGGUCCGGUACCUCAAUACGGUUCUACCAGGCUUCUUAAAGCCUUUAGCGUGAUAUGAUAAGACGUGCCUGCUACAUGAUGUCGUACGUAGCUUUCGAAAGUUUCAACGCCUUUAGUUUUCUAUGCGAUUCCCGUACGUCCUGGAUUUUCCCUAUUUUCGCGCGCCCCUUAACGAAGCGUUAACGCUACAUUCAUGGUAAUAAUCGCCACGAAAUUGCACGUCGACCCUCGGAACUAAAUGUUCGACAUUUUUUACAUAUCUCUACUUCGAACGAUCGAUCUAUUUGUAAAUCUCUGCAGACACUUUUCUGUUCGAGGAUCCAAUGAGAAUCGUUCAUUUUAUUUUUCACGAAAUUUCGGUAACAAUUUUUGGCAACGUAGUACGGCAUUUACGACCAUCAAUGGCGUGUACUGUGGACAUCGGGGUUGCUAUGUGGAUUUCUUUCGGUUAAUGGGCAGAUGGAUUCGAAAGAAAUCGAAAUUGAACCUGAAAGUUUCUAAAUUUUCAAGUUUACAAUUUCUGAAUUUCUAUCUCUGAUUUCUGAAUUACAUUUGAAUACUUUUCUGAACCUUCAAACUUCUAUAUUGUAAAAAUUUCAAAAUUAAUCUUAAACUUUGAAAAUUUCUGUUCUAAAUCUUCACUUCUAAAUUGUUCUAGACUACAUGGUCUAGUACAAAGUUAGUUGACGUUUGAUCCUUUGAUAUCUGUGUUGCCAUUUCCCUAAGGAAGUCCAUUCACUCCAGCGUACACGAGCAGAGAUGAUGUUCCCCGCUCGGGGAGCAAGUACGAACGAUAUUAACCGGAAUCAAAGGAGAUGCGCGAAAACACGACGAAAGUCACGACAAAAAGGACGUAUCGAGGGACGAAAAGGUUUAAUCGUUUCGUGUAAAAGAGAGUUUAUAAACAGAGCGAAUAUAUUAUAGAUGUAUACCUAUGGCGCGUUAUUUAGGCCGGCGAAUUGAGACAGAUAGUAGUCGACAGCUUAGUAUUAGAAAAUUUCAGGCGAUUUCCGAUUCGAAAGGAUUGAAGGUAUGCACGCAUUAAUCAUUGCUAAACGCGAGCGCUAUCAGAGUAACGUAGUUUUUAAGGACCACCAAUAAAUACCUGCAUACAUACAUACACACACAUACACAUACAUGUACACGAAUACCAGUACCACAACCAUUAAUCCCUUCGUUUCCACGUCGCUCUUGGAAUUGCAUUAUAGAAACAUUCAAGAACGGAUUAGGUCCACGUUCAAUAAAAAAAAAAACUCGCAUUUUUACCCUUCCAUUAAUUGUAUUUGAUUGAACAUAUCGUGGAUAAGUGUGAUACCAGUACAUUGUACGACCGUUCAACGAUCUAAUCGUAAUCUUUGAUCUUUCAUUGAAGAUUUUCACGAGACGCAUAUCAUUAGUACGAAUUAAUUUACCAAUUCGAUUGAUUAUGACGGUAAAGAAGAAAAAAAUCGAUGAUGGUUUGAUCCGAGGAAUUCUAUGUAUAUCGUGUCUCUAUUUUAAUUGAGACGCUAACGGUGAUUGAAUGUCUAUAACGCUCGAAGGGUCGCGAAACUGACGUCGUUGUUGGUUACGAAGGGUUUAAAAGAAAUUCAUUUGCACACGAUCGAUCACAAAAUCGGUAUAAAACGCCACUACAAUCUCGCGGGUGGAUGUUUCCUUGAGGUGCUAUAAAGAUUUUUGCCUUCGUUGCAAAUCUCCGAUCCCUCGCGCAGUAUCAUCAGAUAGAUUGUAGCGGAAAUAUGUUAUUGACAACAACUCAAAGUAAAACAAGGUAUAGUACAGUAAGCGAAGUAAACUUAGACGGAGCUUGAGUAUAUAUAUACAUAUAAAUAUACAGGUUAAACAACACGUGCGCACCGAAUAUACAUCUUGUUAUUUAUAAUAAACGAAUAUAAAAAACGAAA